AUGGCGACGUCUGUAGCCGGAGAGGGGCAUCAGAGUCUAAAUGGGAUUAUUUCCGAGCACCAAACUAAAAAAUUGACCGACCUGCCGACCGAGCUGCUCGAACACAUCUUGUGCUUCCCUGCCCUCAAACAUGACGACAUUUGCAACGUGUCCUGCUGCUGCAAGCGGCUGCAAGACGUUUGCCACGGAAGGGGAAAGGUCUGGGGACACCAGUAUAAACUCAGAUGGCCAAGACUGCAGAGGUUUUACCGUCAGAAUGAGUGCUGUGACUGGCUCAAAGAAUACAAAACACGCCACAGAGUGGGUAUACAAAUAAGAAGGACCGUGGAAUCAAUCUCCAAAAGAUUCUUCACAGAGGUUCCUUGCGUUGGCCAGGUUCUGGGAGACAGCUUUGCAGAGAUCGAGUCACUCGGGAUGCCAGAGCACUUCUGCGAAGAUGAGCUCCUCUUCAUACUCAACUCAGAUAAGAGGAAAAGCUUGACCCUGAAGUACUAUGCAAAAAAAAUCCUUUACUUCCUGAGACAACAGAACAUCCUGAGGAGUUUGAAGACUUUCCUGGAACAGCCUACCGAGCAGCAGUCGGCACUAGAAGGUGCUGUUCUGGUGGAUCAAUAUUGUAACCCCUUGGCUGACAUCACAUUGGACAGCAUAUCAGCCCAGCUGGAUGAGAUCGCAGAAAAAGUAAAGAAGAUGCUGCGAAUCAAGAACACCUCUCACCCCAGCCUACGUAUCGCUCCGGGUGACUGUUUUGUCUUGGAGGACUUUGAGCUCCAGAGGCAGGUGGUCUGUGCACUAAACUCUGUCUUGUAUGAACAGCUUCAGUACAAAGGCAAUGAGUUUGACUACUACAACCCUCUCAACUCUUACAUCCACCAGGUGCUACUACGCCAUACAGGCAUCCCCAUAAGCCUGUCUGUUCUCUACAUGACAUUGGCCCGAAAGCUGGGUGUUCAGCUGGAACCUGUCAACUUUCCUAAUCACUUCCUGUUGCGCUGGUGCCAAAAACCAAGAGGGAGCGAGGACAUAUAUGACUUUGUCUACAUUGACGCCUUUGGCAAAGGCAAACAGCUGACUGCCAAGGAGUGCGAGUACCUCAUUGGCCACCAGGUGACGGCAGAUUACUACAGUGCCAUCAAUACUGUGGAGGUGCUGCUCAGGAUGGUGGGAAACCUGCUUAACAUUGGAAAAAGAGGGGAGGGCAAUGAAAAAUCCUAUCAGCUGCUAAGAGACUCGCUGGACCUCUACCUCACUAUCAACCCAGACAACGUGCAGUACCUGCUGCUGCAAGCACGCCUCUACUUCCACCUGGGCAUCUGGCCAGAAAAGGUGCUAGACAUCCUGCAGCACAUCCAGGCGUUAGAUCCCUCCCAGCACGGGGCAGUGGGUUACCUGGUGCAGCACACACUGGAGCACAUCCAGCAUAAGAAACAUCCUGUGGCACCUGAGGUGAAGAGACGUAGUGCUCCAGAACACCUGGAGGUCCAGUAUUCAGUGGGUCUCAUCAUGAAACACAAGAGGUCAGGUUAUAACUGUGUGAUCUAUGGCUGGGACCCAAAGUGCACCAUGAGCCAGGAGUGGAUCACCACCAUGAGGGUCCACCAGCUGUCCAACGGUGCCAACCAGCCCUUCUACAAUGUCCUUGUUCAGGACGGAACAUGUCGCUACGCAGCACAGGAGAACCUGGAGCCCCACUCAGCCCCUCUGGAGAUCGGCCACCCGGAGGUGGGUCGCUACUUCUCAGAGUUCGCCGACACCCACUAUGUUGCCAACGAAGAACUGCAGACGCGAUACCCCGAGGACAUGGACGAAACCCUCGGCACGGUGCAGGAGCUUUAUCACAGACUGACACCUGGCUCUGGGAACCAGGACCAGGCUCCUGCCACAGACCAAAACAACCACCAAGCCAUGCCAAUGUAGCAAAGACACUGUCCAAUACGCUGCCAACAUAGGCUAAACACAUUACUGGCCACCCAUUCUCAAUUCACAGUCCACUUAUCUGUUUACUUCACAUACUCAACGUUAGGGCAUGUGUGACAAUAAGGUUUUUUUUGUAAAAGACAACCAGUUUACAGUAUUUCCAUAAAAGUGAUAAUUUGUGUAGCAACUCCUUCAUGUUCAACACACAACUGGAAAACGUAUUUCAAUAUUUCCAGGUCCAUAAGAUUGUGAGGAAAAAAGGAUACAAAAAGGUGCAGAGACAUAUUGGUACUGUUGUACCAAUGAUUAUGGCCACCGUGUUUAAAUACUACAGUGUAUAGUAUAGUAUCUAAUGCAAUGAUGAAGUUGAGUUUGAAAGAGGGAAAAAAAAAAGUAUGGAAAUUCAGCCGCUAAGUGGAGGAGUAAAUUCAGGAUGGGUAUCCAAGUGCUGUAAAUCUCCCUUCACCUAAACCAAGGAAUGCUCCUGAACGCCUCACACGUCCCUGCUCCCAGCACCAGUCUAACAAGCCCUCAGCAUAUAACCUAGUCCUACAGUUACUGUGCCACACAAAAGACUAUGAAGAAAAAAUACUUUGUAAAUUUGACUUUACUUUUAGCUUCCCAUCUUUUAUUCAAGUUUCAUGCACUUGAAAGUUUAACUUUCACAUUUCUAGAGUAUCCUAAUUUUUUUCUGUAUAUUUACAAGUGAAACAUGUAGGAUGUCAUUGGCUCGUCAGUGUUGAUGAGCUGUUCAUGGUAAUCACAAAGAUGAACCAAUAAGACACUUGAAACAUGACUGAGCUUUGAGGAAACUAAGAA